GGGGCCCCGGCUGCCGCCGCCGCGUCCCCGUCCCUGUGUGUCGUCCCCCCCUCCGCCCCGUCCCCGCUCCUCACGGUGGAGGGCAACCAAAAUACACCGCCACCAAACCCAACCAAAUAAAUAAUAACAAUAAUAAUAAUAAAAAAAACCGGGGAGAGAACAGAGGGAGCGAGCGGGAGGGAGGGAGGGAGAAGCGAACCAACUCCGAGACUCCCAUAAAGAGAGGCACACACGGAGCUAGCGCCCCGGUGCCGAUGCGUGGGGGAAACAAUAAGUACUCGAAGUUACCUGCCCUGCCGUAGAAGAAGGAGGGUUUGUUGGUUCUCUCGCAGACAUCUGCAGACCGGUGCUUUUUUGGAAGAGUUUUUUUUUUUUUUUUUUCCCCUCUCUCUCCUCUCUCUCUCUUUACAAACCACAAACGGAUGUGAGGCAGGGAAGGUGUUUCUUUGACUACUGAAGUCAGGCACCUCUUUUUUAUUCUUCUCAGUCUUGUUGUGUGUCCCCCCCUCCCCUCACACACACACACACACACACACACACACUCACCCCCCCCCCCCUUUUUUGCACCAACAUUAACGACAAAAAGAGAAGGAAAGGAGUUUGCUUGAUGUUUUAGUGAAAUGGACGUAAGAUUUUAUUCACCACCUCCUCAGCCUGCAGCCGCUCCUGAUACGCCUUGUUUGGGACCUUCCCCCUGCCUGGACCCCUACUAUUGCAACAAGUUUGACGGUGAGAACAUGUAUAUGAGUAUGACAGAGCCGAGCCAGGACUAUGUGCCAGCCAGCCAGUCUUUUCCUGGCCCAAGUCUUGAAAGUGAAGAUUUUAACAUACCUCCUAUAACUCCUCCGUCACUGCCUGACCACUCCCUGGUGCACUUGAAUGAGAUAGAGUCUGGAUACCACUCUCUGUGUCAUCCCAUGAACCACAAUGGCCUCCUUCCAUUCCACCCACAAAACAUGGAUCUACCUGAAAUUACAGUUUCCAACAUGCUUGGCCAAGAUGGGACACUGCUUUCCAAUUCCCUCUCUGUGAUGCAAGAUUUACGGAAUACAGAAGGAGCCCAGUAUAGUUCCCAUCCUCAGAUGGCAACCAUGAGGCCAAGGGUUCAACCUGCAGAUGUUAGGCAGCCAGGAAUGAUGCAGCACGGGCAGCUGACUACUAUUAACCAGUCCCAGCUCAGUGCACAGCUUGGUUUGAAUAUGGGUGGAAACAGUGUUCCUCACAACUCGCCCUCUCCACCUGGAAGCAAAUCUGCAACUCCUUCACCAUCCAGUUCAGUCCAUGAAGAUGAAGGAGAAGAUAGCUCUAAGGUCAAUGGUGGAGAGAAGAGACCUGCUUCAGAUAUGGGAAAGAAACCCAAAACUCCCAAAAAGAAGAAGAAGAAGGACCCAAAUGAGCCACAGAAGCCUGUGUCUGCCUAUGCAUUAUUCUUUCGAGACACUCAAGCAGCCAUCAAGGGCCAAAACCCCAAUGCUACUUUUGGUGAAGUCUCUAAAAUUGUAGCUUCAAUGUGGGACGGCUUAGGAGAAGAACAAAAACAGGUAUACAAAAAGAAAACUGAAGCUGCCAAGAAGGAAUAUCUGAAGCAGUUAGCUGCCUACAGAGCAAGCCUUGUAUCCAAGAGCUACAGUGAACCUGUUGAUGUUAAAGCCUCCCCACAACCUCAGAUGAUGAAUUCAAAGCAGUCAGUGUUUCAUGGGCCCACCCAGGCUCACUCUGCACUGUACCUCAGUUCCCACUACCACCAACAACCAGGAAUGAAUCCUCACAUCACUGCCAUGCAUGCCAAUAUCCCCAGGAACAUAGCGCCCAAGCCCAACAACCAAAUGCCAGUGACUGUUUCCAUAGCAAACAUGGCUGUUUCCCCACCGCCACCUCUUCAGAUCAGCCCCCCUCUGCACCAGCAUCUCAACAUCCAGCAACACCAGCCAAUUUCAAUGCAGCAGUCCAUUGGAAACCAGCUACCGAUGCAGGUCCAGUCUGCUUUACAUUCACCUACAAUGCAGCAAGGGUUUACUCUUCAGCCUGAUUAUCAGAAUAUCAUCAAUCCAACAUCAACAGCUGCACAAGUUGUUACCCAAGCAAUGGAGUAUGUUCGUUCAGGGUGCAGAAAUCCUCCAGCACAGACUGUGGACUGGAAUAAUGACUACUGCAGUAAUGGGGGCAUGCAGAGGGACAAAGCACUCUACCUUACCUGAAAAUCUGAAACACCUCUCCUUUCCACUGAGGAAUGCAGGGAAGUCUUUUCAUCAUGGAUUGCUUUAUGCAGUCAAGGCAGUUCUGCAUUUUAUUAGGAAAUACAAGUUGCUAAGCACUUAGGACUAUUUGAGCUUGUGGGUCACCCACUCUGGAAAAAAAUAGUCUUGCUUCUUCCUUUUUCUUUUUCUUUUUUCCCCCCAUUUUUUUCUCUUUCUUUCUCCUUUCCACCCCUGCCCUGAGAUCCUUUAACGGACAUUGCUUUUCUUCUUCCCUGAAGGAAACUUGGACCAUUCAGAUUUUAUGUUGGUUUUUGCUGUGAAGUGCUGCGAUAGUAACUGCCUUAGCAACUGUAGAUGUCUCGGAUAAAAGUCCUGGAUUUUCCAUUGGUUUUUCAUAAUGGGUGUUUAUAUGAAACUACUAAAGACUUUUUAAAUGGCUUGAUGUAGCAGUCAUAGCAAGUUUGUAAAUAGCAUCUAUGUUACACUCUCCUAGAGUAUAAAAUGUGAAUGUUUUUGUAGCUAAUUGUAAUUGAAACUGGCUCAUUCCAGUUUAUUGAUUUCACAAUAAGGGUUAAAUUGGCAAACAUUCAUAUUUUUACUUCAUUUUUAAACAACUGACUAAUAGUUCUAUAUUUUCAAAGUAUUUGGAGAAAAAAAGUAAAAUAUUCCCAAAUUAUAUUAAUUAAACAUAUUGGCUUCGUCUCAUGAAAUAAACACAAAAAACUAGGAAAAAAACUAAUGUUGAUAAAGAGCAAACACAUUUAUUUUGUACUGCCUAAAAAAUGCUUCUUUUUUUUAAAGAAAAUCACUUUAUGUGUACUGGUUAGUAAACAUCAUUUAAGUCCUUUUAUGUAUAAAACUGCCAAAUGCUUACCUGAUAUUUUAUUAGAUGCAGAAACAGAUUGGAGACAGCUAAAUUAUAACCUUUGCAUAUGGCUAUGUAUUAUUGUUUCUUCAUACUGUGUCUGUAUUUAAUCUUUUUUAUGGAACCUGUUGCGCCUAUUUAUGAAAUAAUAAAUAUAGGUGUUUGUAAGUAAAUUUGUUAGCAUUUUAAAGAGGUUUCUUUGACGCUUUAACUUUUGCUGGCACAAAUUGUUCACAACUGAUGUGAAUACUUUAUUUAGUUUUUACAGUGGCAUAUAUAACACCAAACCUGCUUUACUGGCAGAAAAUGAAGGUAACGAAUACUUAUUUCUCUAUUUCUUUGGUUGUUAAAGAAAAAAAAAAAAAAGGUAUUUUAAGUAAUUCCUUUUUAAAGCAUUGUAGCAGGAAGUUGCCCAAAACUGACUUGAACCAACAAACUAACUGAAUAAAACUGCAUAAUGCUGCUUCUUGAAACUUCAUCAGUUUUGGUUAAUUAGUCAAGUGGAAUAAAAAUAUUACCAACAGAAAUAUUACCAAAUAUGCUUCAGCCAUUUUAUUAUACAUGCAAAAGGUCCUACAGAGUUUUAGGGAGUGUAUCAUAAAAACAUCCUAAAGUGAAAGGUAAGUUCAACAGCCACAGGGAAAGGGAUAAAAAAAAUCCAAAAGAAGGUAUUUUGUCAGUGUUUUGGAUCAGGGAUAGCUCUGAAAAUGUAUUUCUGGAGGAUUUAAUCCCAGAUGCCUGUCUAAUUAAUGGAGAGUACCACUGAUUUGUAUUUUCCAUGUGAAAUAUAGAAAGCAACUCGAAUAAAAUACACAUUAUGCAAUACCAUUGAUUUUUCUUUAAAAACAAAACAGAAACAAAGGCAUGCUUGCUUUGGAAUGAUUUCAGGCAAUGUACAAUCAGAAUCACUUGGCAUGUAAUAACUAAUAAAUAAUGCAGAUCAGAUGUGAUUACUCAAAUGACUGUAGCUGAGAGCUCUAAUUUUCCUGUCUUGAAACUGUAUGAGAACUCGUGAUUAAAUUCACAGUUUAUUGUUUGUCUGUUUAGUACUUUAGAAAUAUACCAGCACUACUAAUUACCCAAUGUCUUCUAUUUAUUAUAUUAUAGUAAACUACAUUUUCCACUCAUAUUAAUUCUAAAGCGACAAGAUAAUUCCUGGGGAUGAGAAAAAUCAGCUUUGAUUUUGACAGGCAGUUUUCCUUUUUCUUUUAUGGAAAAAACUGUGUUAUCUUCAUUUCUUUUAGAGCAGGUGCGCAGUCACAUAAAGUUGUUAAUUUCGGUAUCCAAGCAGAGUUCAAAAUACAAGAAAACUUUAAUGUAAAUAAAAAAAUACAUCAUGAAUAAAAUACUUAUUCUGUAUGAA